AUGGAGGAGACGGGCUUUAAGGAUGAAGUGGAUGGAGCCAGGGCAAGAAACAGCAGCAAGGGCAGCACAGACAACCAGACCACAGAGAAGGAUCUGGCUGGCACCGCGAAGGAGGCAGCGUUUGUAACGGGCAGCAAGAGUGCUCUACCAUGCAAGACCCCGCUCAUCUGCUGCGCAGAAGGCCUUGACCAGGACACCUUUAAAAUUUGCAAGGAGCUUUUGAGACCCUUUAAAAAACCACUGAGGAAACUGCAUUUGCCCCAGCACCUUCCCACGAAGGAAAAACUGAAGUACAUGAAGGAAAGUUUGACUGUAAUCGGGGACCACAUCAGUCUGUUUCUCCAGCAGAACUGCAGAGCCUUGGAAGUCAAGCACUGGCGGAAGAUGUUGUGGCGGUUCGUCUCCCUCUUCUCAGAGAUGGAUGCAAAGCAGCUGCAGAAGCUGUAUAAGUACAUCAAGAACAACCAAAUGGAUAAGUUUGUG